AAAGUAAAAAUAAAGAUUUAAUUACAACAAAUUAGAAAAGAGAAAAAAAAACAUAAAAAAAAUCAAAAGGAUGUCCACCAGAAUGAGGGAUUAUUCUUCAGAAAGAAAUCAUGAAGAAAUUGUAAUUUCUGGCUUCUCAGGACGCUUCCCUGAGAGUUCAAACGUCGAAGAAUUCAGAAAUAAUCUCUUCAAUGGCGUUGAUAUGAUCAAUGAUGAACCACGUCGUUGGCCAAAUGGUCUGUAUGGCCUCCCGGCUCGAAUUGGAAAGAUCAAGGAUGAAGAUUUGGAGAAUUUUGAUCAUUUCUUCUUCGGUAUUCAUCAAAAACAAGCCGAAUCAACAGACCCAGUUGUUAGAAUGGUUCUUGAGUCCACCUUUGAAGCAAUUGUUGACUCAGGACAAAAUCCUCGAAAUUUGCGAGGUUCCCGUACUGGAGUUUACGUUGGUUGUUCAACGUGUGAAGCCGAAGAGUAUUGGAGUAGUAGUCCUGAUCUUGUGAAUGAAUACGGCAUGUUAGGGUGCAUUCGAUCUUUAUUUGCAAAUCGCAUCUCUUAUACAUUUGAUUUUUGCGGCCCAAGUCAUACUGUUGAUACAGCAUGCUCCAGUUCUCUCUAUGCAAUGAAUCAGGCAUUUGCAGACAUUCGUGCAGGACGUUGUGAUGCAGCCAUAGUUGCUGGAUUAUGCCUCAUCCUCAAACCCAUUACGUCAUUACAAUUCAAAAAACUGAAAAUGUUGAGCCCCGAAGGAAGAGCCAAUAUAUUCGAUGAAUCUGCCGAUGGAUACAUCAGGGCAGAUGCAUGCUGUGUGACCUUCCUGCAGAAGGCAAAAGAUGCCAAUCGUGUGUAUGCAACAAUCCUCAACAUACGUACAAAUACAGACGGUGCCAAGGAGCAAGGUAUUACGUAUCCCAGUAGUAAGAUGCAAAAGAGGCUCAUUGAGGAGACAUUUGAAGAAAUAAAUCUCAAUCCACGCGAUGUUGCUUACGUUGAGGCGCACGGAACUGGAACAACUGUUGGAGAUCCAGAGGAAGUUAAUGUGAUCUGUGAUGUCUUCUGCAAAGAUCGCACAACACCUCUUCCAAUUGGUUCUGUUAAAUCCAACAUGGGUCAUGCUGAACCAGCAUCCGGGCUGUGUUCCAUUGCAAAAUUAAUUAUUGCCAUGGAGGAAGGCGUUAUCCCGGGGAAUUUGAACUACAAAAUCCCGAAUCCCAAAAUACCUGGGCUAACUGAUGGGCGCCUUAAGGUUGUGGAUAGGAAUACCCCAUGGGAUGGUGGCAUUGUUGCUGUGAAUAAUUUUGGUUUUGGCGGUGUAAAUGUUAAUCUUAUAAUGAAAUCCAAUCCAAAUCCCAAAGCUAUAAAAGCUCCAGAUAAUUUACCACGAUUGGUGGUUGCGUCAGGACGUACUGCUGAAGCUGUGGAGACUCUCCUGAAGGACAUUGAGGCUCAUGCUGAGGACGAAGAAUAUUUAGCCCUUGUCAAUGAAGUCUACACCACAAAUAUUCCUCUUCACAUCUACCGUGGAUACACCAUUGUAGGCCAGGAUGUGGCACAGAAUGAAGUAAUUGCUGUGACAGAGAUCAAUCGUCCCAUUGUCUUCGUAUACUCAGGCAUGGGCUCCCAGUGGGCACACAUGGCUAAGGAAUUGAUGCAAAUUGAUGUCUUCAGCAGCGUAAUCCAACGUUGUGCUGAAACUCUGCGUCCCGAAGGCGUCGAUCUUCUCAAUAUUUUAACAGAAAUGGAUGAAUCAAAAUUCGAUAUUUUGGAUAAUUUCGUGGCAAUUGCUGCAAUGCAAGUUGCUCUCACUGAUAUCCUUAUGAAACUUGGAAUUGUGCCUGAUUGCAUUGUUGGGCAUUCAGUAGGUGAGCUAGGAUGUGCCUAUGCUGAUGGAUGUUUUACACCGGAACAAGUAAUUCUGGCAGCAUAUUGGCGUGGGAGGAGUAUUGUGGAUACUGAACUAAUUCCCGGGAUGAUGGCAUCCGUUGGCCUAUCCUGGGAGGAAUGCCUGAAACGCCUACCCAGCGAUAUUCUUCCUGCUUGCAAUAACAGCGCAGAUAACGUCACGAUCUCUGGACCAACAGAAUCAAUUUACAAAUUUGUGGAAAUCCUUCAAAAGGAAGGAAUAUUUGCCAGAGCUGUUAAUACAUCUGGGAGAGCUUUUCACAGCAAGUACAUAGCAAAAGCUGGGCCAAAGCUUCAGAAGUCACUCGAAAAAAUUAUCUCAAACCCAAAGGAUCGCACGGAAAAAUGGAUAAGUUCGAGUAUCCCUGAAGCAGCAUGGAGUACAUCGCUGGCUAAGAAAAGCUCAGCUGAUUAUCAUGUUAACAACCUCCUGUCUCCAGUUUUAUUCCACGAAGCUGUACAGCACAUUCCAAAAAAUGCAAUUUGCAUUGAAAUCGCUCCUCAUGGGCUUCUUCAGGCUAUCCUUAAGCGAUCCCUUGGGAAGGAUGUAACCAAUUUGAGUCUUGUAAAGCGCAAUCAUGACAAUAACAUUCGUUUUAUGCUAAGCAACAUCGGGAAACUCUAUGGAAAUGGAGCUCAACCAGCUGUUGGAAAGCUUUUCCGCGCGGUAUCUUUUCCCGUAGGACGUGGUACACGGAUGAUUAAUUCACGGAUCAAAUGGGAUCAUUCGCAUAAGUGGGCAGUACCGAAAUUCGGUAUGAUUAAUACCUCAGGGGAAACCGUUGUGGAUUUCAAUCUUUCCAAUGAGAAAGAUGCCUUUUUGGCGGGACACAACAUAGAUGGUCGUGUCCUUUUUCCCGCCACAGGAUACAUUAUGCUCGCUUGGCGUCAAUUUGCAAAAUCACGAGGAAAUACCUUCGAACGUCUACCAGUUGUCCUGGAAAAUCUUAUCUUUCAUCGUGCCACAAUUUUACCAGGAGAUGGUACCGUGAAGCUUGGAGUUAAUUUUUUCGAUGGCUCAGGGAAGUUUGAAAUCUGCGAAGGGGGUACGUUAGUUAUGUCGGGAAAUAUUCGAAUUUCCGAGAACAUUGAGCAAGAGGAAUUACCCCUGAAUCCAAUUCCUGAGUCAACAAAUAAUUUGCAAUUGACUAAAAAUGAUUUCUACAAGGAAUUGCGCCUUCGUGGAUAUGACUACAGUGGUCAAUUUCGUGGUGUUGUACAGGCAAAUCCCAAUGCGGAUCAGGGAAAAUUGGAAUGGAUUGGGAAUUGGGUAUCAUUUAUGGAUACAGCCAUUCAAUUCAGUAUCUUGGGAACGGAUUUACGUGGUUUGUACCUACCAAAACGCAUUGAGAAAAUUUUAAUUGACCCGGAAAAGCAUCUCAAGCUAGCAGCAGAAUAUAGCUCAGAUGAAGGGAAGAUAAUUUUUCCCGUGUACAUGUAUAAAGAUAUCAAUGUGAUUAAGAGUGGCGGCGUGGAAAUGCGUGGUUUGUGUGCAACAUCAGCUCCACGACGUCAAGAUUCUCAUUCAUCCCCGAAAUUGGAGAGAUACACAUUCAUACCGAAUUACAACAAACAGGAGCUUUCAGAGCAACAAGAUUUGGCAAAGGAGCAUGCAAUUGCAAAUGCAGUUCAGCUUGCCAUUGAAAAUUGCAAAGGAGCUUUCAAGAUAAAGACAGCUGAGUUGGUACUGGAUAGAGAACCAGAAGCUCUUGUAAGUCCAGCCGUACAGAAAAUUAUUGAAAAUCAACCUGCCCUGGCUAGUGAUGUAGCCAUUGUGGUGAAGAAUAAUACGCCAGAAUUGGAAGAAUUCGUUAGAGAAUCUGAGAUUAAUAUUUUUAUUAAAAAUAUCACAGCAGGACCUCUUGAAAGCAGCUACAAUUUGUACAUAGCAGCGGAUGUUCUUACACAUAUUCAUGCUCAAUUAAUUUUGAGAAACAUCAGAGAAUCCAUCAAGGAAGAUGGUUUUGUUCUACUUGAAGAAUCAGCCAACAACGAGCUUGAAAAGCUUGAAAAGCUUUUUGCAAAGCUCAAUUUUUCUGUGAUUUCUUCACAAAUUUCCUCAAAGAGGAUAUUUCUUCUUCUUCGUCCUACAUUUGAUAUAAAGUCUCACAACUAUCAAAUUAUUAACGUGACUGAGAGGAAUUUUAAGUGGUUGGAUGAACUCAAGUCAGCCAUUCUUAAGGCAGAGCAUGAGAAGAAACUCAUUUAUAUUGUAUGCCAAAGUGAAGAAUUCUUUGGCGCUGUGGGCUUCUUGAAUUGCCUAAAGAAUGAAACAGGGGGGAAAUUUGCGAGAUUAUUCUUUAUUCAAGACAAAAAAGCUCCACAAUUCUCCUUCUCUAAUCCCAUCUAUGCUAAUCAGGUGGCUAAGAAUCUAACUAUAAAUGUUCUUAAGAAUGGAAUUUGGGGUACAUUUCGGCACCUUAAGUUAGAUUGCCAGCCAAAUGUAGCCUCAAUGCAAGUUGAGCAUGCCUAUGUGAAUGUCCUAACAAAAGGAGAUCUAUCCAGUUUGAGGUGGAUUGAAGGACCUCUCAGCUGCGAUCGCCCAGAUCUCAAUGAUCCCAAUUUUGACCUCUGUACCGUUUACUACGCACCACUAAAUUUCCGCGAUAUUAUGCUGAGUUCUGGAAAACUUUCCACUGAUUCCCUGCCAAAGUAUAUAGCUAAAGAAGAGUGUGUUCUUGGAAUUGAAUUUUCUGGACGUAGUUCAAAUGGAAAACGAAUAAUGGCGAUGGUACCGUCCAAAUCUCUCUCAACGACGUGUGUUGUACGAAAAGCCAUGAUGUGGCCUGUACCGGAUUCAUGGACUCUGGAGCAAGCAUCAACAAUUCCAAUUGUCUACUCAACUGUGUACUAUGCGCUCGUUAUGCGCGGGAAAAUGAAGAAAGGUGAGAGUAUUCUCAUACAUGCCGGGUCUGGUGGUGUUGGAUUAGCUGCAAUUUAUGUGGCUCUCCAUGCUGGCCUUACCGUAUUCACCACAGUUGGGAGCAAGGAAAAGCGGGAGUUCCUUCGAAAAACCUUCCCACAGCUAAAGGAUCAAUGUAUUGGAAAUUCACGCGAUUGUUCCUUUGAACAGAUGAUUAUGCGUGAAACCAGUGGCAGAGGUGUGGAUUUGGUAUUGAAUUCAUUGGCUGAUGAUAAAUUUCAAGCAUCUGUAAGGUGCUUAGGGUUGAAUGGGAGAUUCCUAGAGAUUGGUAAAUUUGAUCUCAACAAUAACACUCCCAUGGGAACGUCUGUAUUCCUCAAAAAUAGCAGUUUCCACGGAAUUUUCCUGGAUAGUAUUAUAAAUAACUACGAAGAGGUAAUUUCUGAAGUUGAAAGGCUAAUUUAUGAUGGAAUUAAGAGUGGGGCUGUUCAGCCAUUGCCAACAACUGUCUUUGAUGAUCAGCAUGUGGAGCAAGCUUUCCGCUUUAUGGCAUCUGGAAAGCACAUUGGCAAGGUAGUCAUCAAAGUACGUGAUGAGGAAAAGGAGAAAACUUUACUACCAAAACCUAAGCUGAUCUCAGCCAUUCCGAGAACGUAUCUGCAUAAGGUGAAGACGUACGUGAUCAUCGGUGGAUUAGGCGGAUUUGGACUUGAAUUAAUUCAUUGGCUAAUUUCUCGUGGAGCAAAGAACAUCGUGGCAUCGUCUAGAAGUGGAAUAAAGACAGGCUAUCAGUGCAUGAUGGUGCAACGUUGGAAGAAGAAUGGUGUGAACGUGGUGGUUGAUACAAAUGAUGUAACCACACAGCAAGGUGCUAAACAGCUCCUCAAGCAAGCAACAGAACUAGGAUCUGUAGGUGGAAUUUUUAAUUUAGCCGCUGUUCUGCGUGAUGAUAUUUUUGAAAAUCUUCAGGAGAAAGAUUUUCACACUGUUUGCCUACCCAAAGUAACUGCUACAAAAUUCCUCGAUGAAGCUUCACGAACUCUCUGCCCUAACUUGGACUACUUCAUCUGCUUCUCCAGUGUUUCUUGUGGACGUGGCAAUAUUGGCCAAACAAACUAUGGUUUAGCUAAUUCAGCAAUGGAAAGGCUGUGUGAAGCACGUCAGGCAGCUGGGUAUCCUGGUAUGGCCAUUCAGUGGGGAGCUAUAGGUGAUACGGGGUUAGUAAUUGAAAAUUUAGGUGACAACAACACCAUUAUUGGUGGAACAUUGCCCCAGAGGAUGGUAUCCUGCCUACAAACUCUAGAUCUCUUCAUGCAGCAACCUCAUGCUGUGCUAGCAUCAAUGGUUCUUGCGGACAAAAGAAAAUCCGCCAAUUCGGGUGAAGCAAGUCCAGCAACAUGUGUGGCAAAUAUUCUUGGAUUCAGUGAUCUCAGUAAAAUUCCCAACUCAUCGAAACUAACAGACCUAGGAAUGGACUCACUAAUGGGUGCAGAGAUUAAGCAGACACUAGAGAGGAAUUAUGAUAUAGUGCUGAAUGUACAGGAAAUUGGGCAUCUUACAUUUGAAAAAUUAAAGGCUUAUGAUGGCAAAGCACUAACGUCCACAACGACGUUAAAACCAGAGGAACUUAGUCCUGAAAGUCAGCUUGUAGCACAGGCUGAAUUUUCCAAAGAUCUCAUGCCAACGAAAGUUUUGAUUCGUCUUCCCUCAAAGGACUCAGAAAUUGGCAAACCGAGGCCAAUAUUUAUGGUCCACGCUAUGGGAGGUGUUGUGGAUGCUCUCAGGCAAUUGGCAGCAGAGCUAGAUCGUCCAAUUUGGGGUCUUCAGUGCACUGUGGACGUCCCCUUGGAGUCCUUACAGGAAACCGCCAAAUUCUACAUUAAACAAAUGAAAACUGUUCAAACUACGGGCCCCUAUGUAAUCGCUGGAUAUUCAUAUGGGGCAAUUAUUGCCUUUGAAAUGGCGUGGUAUUUGGAGAAUGUUCUCAAAGAAGAAGUCAAUGUGAUCUUCUUAGAUGGAUCCCCGCGCUUUGUAAACUUCUACACACAAUUGCGAAAGCAGAGAAAAUCUGCCGUUGAAUUUCGAGCUUAUGGUGAAGCUCAAUGUCUUGCCCAUUUUGCCAUGGCCACUGCGCGUCUGAAUUCCACAGUUAUUGCAAAUGAACUCUUAACCUUACCCACUUAUGAGGAAAAACUAAGGAGAUGCGCUGAAUUAGUGCACAAAGUCACCAAUCAAAAUUAUGAGCUUAUUUCUACAGCAACAGACUCUUUUCUGAAAAAGCUCUCAGCUUCAGAUGCUUAUCAAGCAAGUGGAAAAAUAAAGUCCAACGUUACUCUUAUUAAAUGUACAUUGAAAGCUCUCAAUUUACCGGAAGACUACGACUUAGGAGAGUUUUGCGAGAGGGAAGUAACAAUUUAUGCUGUCGAUGGGAACCACCGAACCUUCCUCACUGGAGAAUCUGUGCGAAAAGUCGCAGAAAUCAUACAAAGUAUUGUCAAUUGAGAGCUUUUGAGCUUCAGAAAAUUACAAAUUGGUGUAUUGUCGUUAAGUGGGAAGGAGUGGGUGGUAAAAUAGCAUUAGGAGUGAUCCAAAAAAUUCCUUUUUUCAAAUAAUUAAUUCUAUUACUUUUAAUAUUGUUUUAAAAAAUUAAAACGUUUAAGAAAAUUAUUUAAAUAAUUUUGUUUUUCUUU